UACAUUACUCAUGUCAUAUGCAGAUCGACAAUGGAGAAGCAGAUUCAAAAUGGGUGCAAAGUAUGCGUCACAGGAGGCGCAGGCUACAUCGCCUCUUGGCUCAUCAACAAGCUCUUACACAGAGGAUAUACUGUACAAGCCACUCUCCGCAACCUAGAUGAUGAUUCGAAGGUGGGACUAUUGAAGAGCUUUCCUGGAGCCGAGACAAGAUUAGCGCUGUUCAAAGCUGAUAUUUACAGUCCGGCUGAGUUUGACAAUGCCAUUCAAGGCUGUCAUUAUGUAUUCCAUGUCGCAACUCCUCUGUCCCAUACAGACCCAUCUCAGUACAAAAACACAAGUGAAGCUUGUGUUGCUGCGGCGAAGAGUGUAGCUAUGUGUUGUGUAAGAUCAGGAACCGUAAAGCGACUAAUCUACACAGCCUCGGUGGUCGCUGCAUCACCCUUAAAAGAAGACGGAACUGGUUUCAAGGACUUGAUGGACGAAACUUGUUGGUCCACUUUCAAUUUUUCAACUCCUUACACCAAUGAUCAUCUUGAGGCGUACCUAUACUCAAAGACAAUGGCGGAAAAAGAAUUACUAAGCUUGGGAUUAAAUGGAGAUGGAGGGAAAAUGGAGGUGGUAACACUUGCAUGUGGGCUUGUUGGAGGAGAUACUGUUUUACCUUACACACCACUAACCAUGGCUUUGUUUAUUUCUCAACUCACAAACAAUGAAACACAUUACAAAACCCUCAAGUAUUUGGAAGAGUUGCUUGGAAAGGUACCUGUGGUACACAUUGAUGAUGUUUGUGAAGCCCAUAUUUUUUGCAUGGAGACUCCUCACUCACUCCAUGGUAGAUUCUUAUGCGCCACUUCUUACAUCUCAUCUGCCCAAAUUGCCACUUAUUAUCAACAAAACUACCCUCAACUUCAUGUCAAUAAAAAGUACUUGGAAGGGCCCGAUAGGACUAUAGAGUUGGAUUCCUCUAAGCUUAUUGAGAAGGGCUUUAUAUACAAGUACAAUACCGAUAUGAUAUUGGAUGGUUGCAUCAGUUGUGCCACAAGAAUGGGCGAUCUAAUCUAGUAAUGCUACUGUAUUUUUAUUUUUUUAAUUACUAAUUAUGUGAAAGUUUUCUUAAAUUGAAUGUAAGGUUUAAUAAUUGGCUGGAGAUUAAUGUGUGUGGUGGACAUGAAUUUUAUUUAGGCUGGAACCGAUUAAUAUAUAUAAAGUGGAACAUAUCAAA